AUGAUACAUUAUCAACUCGCGCUAGAUUUGCUGAGCGACAGCGAAAAAGAGAGGCGUGAAAUGGGAAGGAAUUUGUUACAGUUUCAAAGUCCAGUCAAAUCAGCGGUGUUUGCCGAUUGGGCGUCUGGUGUGAGCAGCACAUUGGAUCCAGAAAUUGUCAAUAAGCAUAUUUCGGCAAUGGUGGAAGCUGUAUUUAAGCACUACGAUCAUAAUCGGGACGGUUCCAUUUCGCAGACUGAAUUCAAACAAAUUUCCACUAAUUUCCCUUUCAUUGCACCAUUUGGCACCAUCGAUGUGGACAAGUAA